UAAAGUUGAAAUCAAACGAAAUAAUACUUAAAAAUGAAACUUUUGUUGACUCUGACUUUAAUGGCCAUAAUUGGCGUAUCGUUUGCCCAAUACUUCAUUCCCGGACAGACUGUGUAUACAGGAGUGGGAGAGAUAGGACUCGACGGUCACAGCAAGAUCUCAUACCACGGCUAUAACAACCCGGCGAACAAUCCUUACGGUUACGCAUCCAAUGGCUUCAACUAUGGCUACAAUUACUUCAGACGUCGCUAA